AUGGUGGUCAAGUGUGAUAGAAAUAUUACUACAGAAUUUUUGUGUGGACUCACCGACUACAAAGUACACAAAGUACACGAGCUUCUAUUGGACGAGUACUUUUCCAAGUUCAAGAAUGAUCAAACAAAAACGACCGUAGCCUGCUCGGUGGAGUCUGUAGAGACGCCGGAUAGGAAGUUGAAGAGCUUCGCAUCGAUAAAUACACCGUACUGA